GCUUCUGGGUGUUGGGCGCGAGCAGUUUGAAAAACAGUUGGUGUCGGUUCGGCUGCUAAGGUCGGAUUUUGCAGCCCCAGCCCUGCUCAAUGGCAGACCCUAAAGAGCUGCGGAUUUCUUCGCCGCCCCCGCCGCCCCCCUCCUCUCCCUCGUCUUCAGACGCCUCGUCAGCGUCUUCCCCCGGCGUUCCAGUGAGUUUGGGCUGGCCAGUUCCGAGCAGGAGCAGCGGCCGAACGGUGGACCCGCUGGAGGAAGUGGAGCUACAGAUUGGAGACGCAGCAUUUUCAUUAACCAAACUUCUUGAAGCCACAUCUGCAGUAUCAGCUCAAGUGGAAGAGCUUGCCUUCAAAUGUACAGAAAAUGCACGUUUCCUUAAAACAUGGCGGGACCUCUUGAAAGAAGGCUAUGAUUCUUUGAAGCCUGACAACUGAUUUGGCUGUGUAAUAAUUCAUACUUACUCAUUUUUGGUAUUUGUACAUGUACCAUAAGUAUAUGGUUGUCUCCAGCAGUUCUGUAUAUUCAGAAUGAAAUCUUCUUGGUUUUCUCACUUUUGUGAAAGCAGAAUACUGAUUCUGUUUUUCAUGCUGGAUGAUAUUUAUCUUUAAAUACUUCCUGUCCUCUAAACUUUAAAAGUCUAUUUUAUGAAAGUUAAUUUCAUCAGUAGAUAACGUUAAUAAUGCUACAGUGUUACCAGUAGAAAAAAAACAUGUAGAUCAUUAUUCUGUUUGAUUUCUAAGAAGAUGUCAGAAAUGCCAGCGUUUGAAGUUGAGCUUCAUUUUAUGGACCAAGGGAAGUAACUUUAAGGUUACCAGUGUUGGCCCAGCUCCACCACGCCAAGUUCCCUGGAACUAAUGAUUGUGUCUUACUUCUUUAUCCCCAGCACCUAGAACAAUGACAGUGUCACACAACAACUAGUAAAUGUUUGUUGAAUAAAAGAGUUGACAAUACAGUUGAAAGCUGUUUUUUUUUCACAUGAAACUUAGAAUUGUUUUUCUAAAAAAUAUUUGAAUUAGAACCUCACAGACUUUUUAGGAAGACAUUCUUUUCUUUAUAGGAAUUUGCAAUUUAACUGAUAACUUU